AUGUCUGCUUCCAACGGUACGUUUGCCAACCGCUUCCUCAUCUGGGGCGGCAAGGGCUGGGUGGCUGGCCACCUCAAGGAGCUCCUCGAGAAGCAGGGCAAGGAGGUUUCCAGCACCACUGUCCGCAUGGAAGAUGUCGCCGGUGUCGCCAAGGUGCUCGACGAGAUCAAGCCCACACACGUCCUCAACGCCGCUGGCUGCACUGGCCGACCCAACGUUGACUGGUGCGAGGACAACAAGGAGCAGACGGUUCGCUCCAACGUCAUUGGCACUCUGACGCUGGCCGAUCAGUGCGCCCAGCGAGGUAUUCACUGCACCAUCUUUGCGACCGGAUGCAUCUACCAGUAUGACGAGAAGCACCCCAUGGGCGGUGCUGGCUUCAAGGAGGAGGAUGCUCCCAACUUUGUCGGCAGCUUCUACUCCAUGACCAAGGGCCACGUUGAGCCUAUCCUGGCCAGCUACAACAAUGUCCUCAUCCUCCGUCUUCGCAUGCCUGUGAGCGACGAUCUUCACCCCCGAAAUUUUGUCACCAAGAUCUCCAAGUACGACCGCGUCGUCGACAUUCCCAACAGCAACACCAUCCUCCACGACCUCCUCCCCGGCUCCAUUCUCCUCGCUGAGCACAACAACACCGGAGUCUACAACUUCACCAACCCCGGCGCCAUCUCCCACAACGAGGUGCUCGCCCUGUUCAAGGAGAUUGUCCGCCCCAACUACACCUGGAAGAACUUUAGCCUCGAGGAGCAGUCCAAGGUCAUCAAGGCUGGUCGCAGCAACUGCAAGCUCGACACAGACAAGCUGAUCAGCAAGCUCAAGGAGUACAACUACGAGGUUCCCGAGGUCCACGAUGCCUACAGGCAGUGCUUUGAGCGUAUGAAGGCUGCUGGCGUUCAAUAG